CAAAAAGAAAAGAAAAAAAGAAGAAGAAGCAUUAGCUCCAUUUUCUUUCCUUCACCGUUACAAACUAAACAACAGCUAGCACCUCAAUACAAUACAUGGAGAAUAUCUGCAUGAAGACGAAGCAGGCCGAUCCCCUUAACUGGGGGGCGGCCGCAGAGGCCCUCACGGGGAGCCACCUCGACGAGGUGAAGAGGAUGGUCGAGGACUUCAGGAACCCGGUUGUGAAACUGGAGGGGGCGGACCUAAAGAUAUCGCAGGUGGCGGCGGUCGCGAUGGGGGAGGGGAGGGUGGAGCUGGCAGAGGCGGCGAGGGAGGGGGUGAAGGCGAGCAGCGACUGGGUGAUGGAGAGCAUGGGGAAGGGGACCGACAGCGACGGGGUUACCACGGGGUUUGGGGCGACUUCUCACCGGAGGACGAAGCAGGGUGGCGCUCUUCAGAAGGAGCUCAUUAGAUUCCUAAACGCCGGAAUCUUCGGCUCCGGCAGAGAAUCCGGUAACAUGCUGUCGACCUCUGCCACUCGAGCCGCAAUGCUCGUCCGCAUCAACACCCUCCUCCAGGGCUACUCCGGCAUCCGCUUCGAAAUCCUGGAAGCCAUCACCUCCUUCCUCAACGCCAACAUCACGCCCUGCCUACCCCUCCGAGGAACCAUCUCCUCCUCCGGCGACCUUGUCCCUCUCUCCUACAUCGCCGGAAUGCUCACCGGCCGCCCCAAUUCCAAGGCCAUUGGCCCCAAUGGCUCUGAGAUCGACGCUGCCGAGGCCUUCAAGCUCGCCGGAAUCCCCAGCGGGUUCUUUGAGCUUCAACCGAAGGAAGGCCUUGCGCUUGUCAACGGCACUGCUGUUGGCUCUGCGCUCGCCUCCACCGUCCUCUUCGAGGCCAACAUUCUCGCUGUCCUGGCUGAGAUAAUCUCUGCAGUGUUUUGCGAGGUGAUGCAAGGGAAGCCUGAGUUCACCGACCAUCUCACUCACAAAUUGAAGCAUCACCCGGGUCAGAUUGAAGCAGCGGCGAUCAUGGAGCACAUCUUAGAAGGAAGUUCAUAUAUGCAAAUGGCGAAGAAGGUCCACGAGCUCGACCCCCUUCAGAAACCGAAGCAGGAUCGUUAUGCAUUGAGGACAUCGCCCCAAUGGCUCGGUCCUCAGAUUGAAGUAAUCCGCUCAUCCACCAAGUCUAUUGAACGGGAGAUCAAUUCAGUAAACGACAACCCGCUCAUCGAUGUCUCGAGGAACAAGGCUCUCCAUGGUGGAAACUUCCAAGGGACUCCUAUCGGUGUAUCGAUGGACAAUACCAGACUUGCCAUCGCUGCCAUUGGAAAGCUCAUGUUUGCUCAGGUAUCGGAGCUUGUCAACGAUUUCUACAACAACGGCCUUCCUUCCAAUCUCUCUGGAGGACGAAACCCAAGCUUGGACUAUGGAUUCAAAGGAGCAGAAAUAGCCAUGGCUUCCUACUGCUCUGAGCUUCAAUAUCUCGCCAAUCCGGUGACCAACCAUGUUGAAAGCGCCGAACAACACAAUCAAGAUGUCAACUCUUUAGGACUCAUUUCAUCGAGAAAGACAGCAGAGGCUGUAGAGAUCUUGAAGCUGAUGACUUCCACGUUUUUAGUCGCGCUCUGCCAAGCAAUCGAUCUCAGGCACUUGGAGGAGAAUCUCAAGCAAGCAGUGAAGAACACAGUGAGCCAAGUCUCAAAGAGAGUGUUGACGACAGGUGUCAACGGGGAGCUUCACCCAUCAAGGUUCUGCGAGAAGGAACUGAUCAAGGUGAUUGACAGAGAGUAUGUCUUUGCCUACAUCGACGAUCCUUGCAGUUACACUUACCCACUGAUGCAGAAGGUAAGGCAAGUACUCGUUGAGCACGCACUGAACAAUGGAGAGAAGGAAAGAGAUUUGAACACUUCCAUAUUUCAAAAGAUUGCUGUCUUUGAAGAGGAGCUCAAGGCAGUUCUGCCCAAAGAGGUGGAGGCUGCUAGAGUUGCAGUGGAGAAUGGAAGUGCAGCAAUUGCCAACAGGAUUAAGGAAUGCAGAUCCUAUCCUUUGUAUAGGUUUGUGAGGGAAGAGCUUGGGACUGAGCUUCUGACAGGGGAGAAGGUUCGAUCACCGGGAGAGGAGUUUGAUAAGGUGUUUGUCGCUAUUUCUCAGGGGAAGAUGAUUGAUGCUGUGCUCGCGUGCCUCAAGGACUGGAAUGGUGCACCCCUCCCCAUAUGUUAAGAAGCUAAUUUCCUGUAAGAAAAUCUGGAAGGGGGUAAAGAAACUGUAUGUCAAUAGACAUCCUUCUCAGUAUUUGUUCUAUUAUUUCCUUUUUCUAUUUCUUUUUCCCAGAGUUUUGUUUAAGGAAGUGACGUAUUAUGUGAAAGUUUAAUUCAUACAAACUUGAAUAAAUAAUUCCCAUUUGUAGAAAA